AUGAAGAUUAAAUUAAAACAAAGAAUUUGUAUUAAAUGGUCAAUGAAUUUAUUUCUAUGUAUAAUAAUCAUUAGUUUAUGGAAUAUGGUUUUAGAAUUUUAUAUAAAAAAAAAUGACAAAUAUUCAAUUCAGAUUUCUUCAAAUAAUCCAAUUGAAAGUUUCGAAAAAUAUAUCCCUGAAUGUCCGAAAUCUAUUGAGAAUCCAAUUGGACGUAGAAACAUCACCAUAGAAGUGCCAACAUGGUCUCAUUUAUUACAACUAUAUACUUUCACAACUAAUAUAACAAAAUCAUCACAGGAUAAAAUCGAAUCGACAAUGUCAGUCCGUAAAACAUUUUUUAAAUUAAUAAAGAGUAACCAUAUGUCAAAAAGUGAUGUCGGACUUUGGUGUCCGACUAACUGUAAACCAGGUGAAAAGUUGGCUAUCAUUGUGCCUUAUCGAAAUCGAGAUGUACAUUUACGUCUGUUUGUAAAACAUAUGCAUGAAUUUUUGAGAAGACAACAAUUAAUGUAUACGAUAUUUGUGAUCAAUCAAGAAGGUACAACUACAUUUAAUCGUGCAUUACUAUUGAAUGCUGGAUUCAUUGAAUCCUAUCGUGUUGCAGAUUUUGAUUGUUUCAUAUUUCACGAUGUGGAUUUAUUGCCAGAAGAUGAUAGAAACAUAUACCGAUGUUCUGAACAACCAAGACAUUUAAGUGUUUCGAUAGAUCAAUAUAAUUAUAAACUAAUUUAUGAAGAAAAUUUCGGAGGUGUAAUUGCAGUCAACCGUCAACAGUUUGAGAAAGUUGGCGGUUUUUCGAAUUCUUACUAUGGAUGGGGUGGAGAGGAUGAUGAUUUUUAUAAGAGAAUCAUCUAUUACAACUACAGUAUUGUGCGCUAUCCAGAGGAAAUCGCUCGCUACAUUAUGCUGAGGCAUGAAAAGGAUGAACGAAAUGAACCCAAUCAAAUGCGCUUUGAGUUACUGGAAAGUGCUGAAUCUCGUUUUAAUACUGAUGGUUAUUGGACUUCUAACUAUACAGUUAUAAAAGCAGAUUCAUUAUAUAAUGGUCUCAUUUAUUGGAUAUCUAGAGAUAUUUCAAGUAUAUGUUCAAAUACAUUAACAAUAAUUUCAUCUUUAAUAAAAACUUUGGACGAUUACAAAUGUCUAAAUUAUUGA